AUGGUUUCAAUAGUUGUGCUGGUAUUCCUUAUAAUAGGCAUUUUACUAUAUCGUAAAUAUUUAUAUUAUAAGAAGCUGAGAAAACUAAAUGAAGAUGGAUUAAUGAUACAACCCAGAACCAUCCCAUCACAUUUAGACGACAAUAAUCAUUGGUUAAAUAUUGGUAAUGGUGGCAGUGAUGGUACCGCUAAUAAUAAAAACAAUGCUCAUUUCAAUGAUAGCACUGUUGUUGGCAGUGGAAUUGACUAUGAUGGAAAUUCUCUUGGAUCGACCAAAAAACUUCCGAAUAAACCACCUGUGAUUGAAUUAAAUAGAAUAUCUUCUUACAGUUAG